AGUGUCCAGUCGCGCGUUGCAUCUUGUAAUAUAUGGACCGUAUACGUUCUUCGGCACAAACUUAUUAAAUGCGGUGAAGCAGUUCCUAAAUUUCGCAAAGUAGUUACCGUAGUUUAGUGACAGUAUUUUUUCGUAGUGAGGCUAUUAAUUGAUAUGUAUGAGGAUUUUGAUUGAUUUCGUCGUGGAUUCUUCGUUUAAGGAACCGGAAGGCGCGCGCUCUCAGACCAGCACUCCUGAAACUGAAAUUCAGGAGUCACCAGGUGACUUGUCUAAUUGUGCCCCUGCUUCGUAGACCGAUUCCUCUAUAUGUUAGAUUGUGUUCAGUUCCUAAAGUAUGUUUCAAGUUCCUGGAUUGUUUUAAGUUGUACGUCUACACCACCCCCGUUGCUUUGUUGCAUGCCACUUUUUGACACACGAUUGUGCCGAAACGAAGAUUUGAAGAAGCCUGUGUGUGAGUGUGUAUGUGUGUUGUACAAUGCCAUCCCUGCGCCAUGCGUACCGGUCCGUCGCCGUGCAGACACGGGCUGCAGUUUUAUAGCACGCAACAGACCGAUAACAACAACAAUUCACCUAGUUACAACUGUCUCAGAAAUAAGUGUACAGUUUUAAUACAAGGCGAAGUAUCAGGUGCCCCACUGGUGGCUGCGAGCGCGCAGCCUUCCGCCUCAAGCAGUCCCCAGUCAAGUAUGCUUCUUCUUCAGACACAGACGCCGUUUUGUUCGAGUAGUUUUGCGGAUCUUUUGACCGCCCCAUUUUCGGAUGAUCCCAGUAACGUACUGUCGUCGGAAGAUCUAGAUCCAUUUCCUGAAGUGGCCUUAGAAUCACAACCCUCAUCGCCUACCCCACUACCCAGUUUUCAAGAGACAUACUCGGUCCGUUUCAACACGCCGUAUAAGAUGGACGAAGAGUGCUUUAACAUUGCAUAUCAUCAUCACCAACACGGUCAAGUGGCGACUCCACCUGCACCUCACCACUACGAGUAUCAGCAACACCACCAGUACGCCACGACGCCCUAUUACCCUCCGCCUCAGACCUGUACUUCCGGAUUUCAAAACGUCGCUUCCCACGAGUCCUACUCCCUGCCCAUCUACCAAACUAUUACCGCGGAAAUGCACGUGAGUACGCCUUUGAGUCCCGGCCAUCGGCGAGCUUCUCUACCGUUACAAAGAUCGGAAUCCACCAGCAGCAGCGAGAGUCCCAAAUUGCGACUGGCCGGUCCCGUAGCGUCCGCCUGCUCUUCCGCGGCAAGUUCGCCGGGAGGUAGCGGAGACAUACCGACGAGCAAAGGGCCGACGCCUCCGUCGCCGUCGCAGCUUUGCGCGGUCUGCGGGGACACCGCCGCCUGUCAGCAUUACGGGGUGCGAACCUGCGAGGGAUGCAAGGGUUUCUUCAAGAGGACCGUCCAAAAGGGAUCAAAAUACGUCUGCCUCGCCGACAAAGCCUGCCCGGUCGACAAGCGUCGCAGGAACCGAUGCCAGUUUUGCCGUUUCCAAAAAUGCCUAGCGGUAGGCAUGGUGAAAGAGGUGGUGCGUACCGACUCUCUAAAAGGGCGACGGGGACGACUUCCAUCCAAACCAAAAUCACCGCAGGAGUCGCCCCCCAGCCCGCCAAUUUCUCUUAUCACCGCGUUGGUGCGCGCCCACGUCGACACAACACCGGACCUCGCGAACCUAGACUACUCGCAGUAUUGUGAACCCUGCCCCAUUGAGCCUGCCAUGACGGAAUCUGAAAAAGUGCAGCAGUUCUACACCCUUCUCACCACAUCCGUCGACGUAAUCCGUUACUUCGCCGAAAAAAUCCCUGGUUACCAAGACUUCGUGCGCGAAGACAAAGAACUCUUAUUUCAAUCCGCUUCUCUAGAACUUUUUGUGUUAAGGCUGGCUUAUCGGACGCAUUCGCACGAUACCAAGCUUACUUUUUGUAACGGCGUCGUUUUACAUAAACAUCAAUGCCAGAGAUCAUUCGGAGAUUGGAUGAACGCAAUUAUGGAGUUUAGCAACAGUUUACAUUCGAUGGAAAUUGAUAUAUCGGCUUUCGCCUGCCUUUGUGCUCUCACACUUAUUACCGAAAGGCACGGUCUAAGAGAACCACAACGUGUCGAACAGCUCCAGAUGAAGAUCAUCUCGUCGUUGCGAGACCACGUCACGUACAACGCGGAAGCACAACGCAAAGCGCACUAUUUCAGUCGACUUUUAGGAAAACUGCCAGAACUCCGAUCUCUAAGCGUGCAAGGAUUGCAGCGAAUUUUUUAUCUCAAACUGGAAGAUCUCGUGCCGGCGCCGCCCUUAAUUGAGAAUAUGUUCGUCGCAAGUUUACCAUUUUAGAAUAGUACACCGAGUACAGAAAAAAAGCUUUUAAGUAAGCGUGAUAAGAUAUUUUAUGUGAUUUAUUGAUUAAUUAAGUUUAAAAAAGAUGAAAAUUUCUGAUGUGAAUUACCUAUUGUAAAAUCACUAUAAUGCCUGAUUGAUGAUGCACUUUUUUAAAUGUUGUCCUCUACAUAGAGUAUUGCAAUACUAUGUAAAUAUUUCUAAGCCUUUUACACUUUUCCAAAUGUUGAUUAUUUCGUAUUUGUAUAACAAAUGGGGUUUGAUAAUGGUGCUGCUUGGAUGAACGUUUGAGAGAGUUCAUUAUUCUUAUCUACAUUGUGUAUAUAACGAAUACUGUAAAGGCAGAAAAUCAGUGCGAAAUGAGACAGUUCCUGUAAGCUGUAGGAAUUUUGUUAAGUUAAUGUUCAAUGUUACCACUGCACGACCGUGUAGAAAAAUGCGAUACAUCACUAGUCAUGGCACUGUAUAUAAGAAUAUUUUUAUUUACAACUGUUUAUAUAAAAGAAAAGAAUAUAUAUUUUUAAUAGUUCAUGUAAAAAUGAAUCAUCUAUAUCUAGAGUUACCUAAAAUGGUUACCUUUUGAAAAUAUUGUUAUUUUAUAGUUAUUUUUUUACAAAUUUACUAUUAACGAAAACGGUUUGUGUGCCAUCUCAUAUCUAACUUGUUUUUAUUACCUACGUCAUAUCGACUUAUAUGCCUUUUUGAAUGGUUGGACUGACAGAUUAAGUUACCUGAUUGGAGUGAUAAAUAAAUUUGCACGUGUAAAUAGACCGUCCUCGAUACGUACCUACCUGCAUUCAUAAUACUCCAAUAUUGACCAAACCGCAAUAGAGCUUAACGUUGGCUAUUCGGCAAUUUUUAGGUUUGGGCGAACGGGAAGCCUUGCAAUACUAAAAUGAACAAAUUUUGUACCUGCUUGAUCGCAUUAUAUAUAUCUUCCAUAUCCAAAACAAAACGCCGAGAUUUUUUGGGUAGUUUAAGUUCUUUUUAAGUACGUUGUUUACAAUGUUCAAAUUUACGUAAAGUACUUGCCAUGUAAGCCAGUUUGUGUUAUAAUUUGAUAUUAUACGUACCUAUAAGAUUUAGAUUUUUGCAAUCGCUUUACUUUAACUUAUUUAGUUUAGAAUUACGUACCUACCUAUAAAUAGUUAUAAGUAUGUAUUGCAAUAUUUAUGUAUAAAUGAAAAUUGUAGGCAAUCCUCUAUAAUCAUAAAAAGUACUUAAAUGUAAGUUUUAUAUUCU